AUGGAGAGUUUCGCUCUUCAUUCUCUCUCUACCACCGCCACUUCCGCUUCCUUCUACCAUCACCAUCAUCCCUCACGCCUCUCUCUUCUCCGCCGUAUCUCAUCGAGAUCUCCGCCUUCAACAAUCUCUCCCCCUUCUCUCCGAUCUCACUCCGUUCAACCUCUCAAUUUCCCUCUCCUCAAACCAAUUCCCCGAUUCUCCACACGAAUCGCCUCCGCGCCACGAGACGACGCUCCUCCUCCUUCGCCUCCCGAAUCUCCGUCUAUACAAGGGGCGAAACUAAUUCCUCUUGUUCUCUCCGUCUCCGUCGGUCUAAUCCUCCGAUUCGCUGUUUCUGUACCGGAAGGAGUCACUCCUCAAGGGUGGCAACUCCUCUCGAUCUUCCUCUCUACAAUCGCUGGUCUCGUCCUUAGUCCUCUCCCAGUAGGAGCUUGGGCUUUCAUCGGACUCACCGCGUCGAUUGUCACGAAAACGCUUUCGUUCUCCGCCGCUUUCUCGGCCUUCACUAGUGAGGUUAUCUGGCUCAUCGUUAUCUCUUUCUUCUUCGCUCGUGGAUUUGUCAAGACAGGACUCGGAGAUAGAAUCGCUACUUACUUUGUGAAAUGGCUUGGGAAGAGUACUUUAGGUUUAUCUUAUGGUCUUACGCUUAGUGAAGCUUUGAUUGCUCCUGCAAUGCCUAGUACCACGGCUAGAGCCGGUGGCAUUUUCUUGCCGAUCAUCAAGUCGCUUUCGCUCUCGGCGGGAAGUAAACCGGGAGAUUCGUCUUCGAGGAAAUUAGGUUCUUACUUGAUCCAAUCGCAGUUCCAGUGCGCCGGCAACUCUAGUGCACUUUUCUUGACCGCUGCAGCUCAAAAUUUGCUGUGCCUCAAGUUAGCCGAGGAGCUUGGAGUAGUGAUCACAAACCCGUGGGUUUCUUGGUUUAAGGCCGCUAGUCUACCCGCAAUCAUAUCACUUCUUUGUACUCCACUUAUCCUCUAUAAGCUUUAUCCUCCAGAAACCAAGGACACACCGGAUGCUCCAGGGAUUGCUGCAACGAAGCUCAAGCAAAUGGGCCCUGUCACUAAAAACGAAUGGAUCAUGGUCGGUACAAUGCUUCUUGCUGUCACUCUUUGGAUCUGCGGCGAGACUCUCGGAAUACCAAGUGUUGUAGCUGCGAUGAUUGGUCUCUCCAUACUUCUUCUUCUUGGUGUCCUCAAUUGGGAUGAUUGCCUAAGUGAAAAAUCAGCAUGGGACACAUUAGCUUGGUUUGCUGUGUUGGUGGGCAUGGCAGGACAGCUCACAAACCUCGGUGUUGUAACAUGGAUGUCUGAUUGCGUAGCCAAAGUUCUCCAAUCUCUCUCCUUGAGCUGGCCUGCUGCGUUUGGUCUUCUCCAAGCAGCUUACUUCUUCAUUCACUAUCUUUUCGCAAGCCAAACCGGUCACGUUGGAGCUCUCUUCUCAGCUUUCCUUGCUAUGCAUAUAGCAGCAGGUGUUCCGGGCAUUCUAGCUGCACUUGCUCUAGCUUACAACACCAAUCUUUUUGGUGCUUUGACUCAUUACAGUAGCGGUCAAGCCGCUGUCUACUAUGGAGCGGGUUAUGUUGAUCUUCCGGAUGUAUUCAAGAUUGGAUUCGUGAUGGCUACGAUUAAUGCGAUCAUCUGGGGAGUAGUUGGAACAUUCUGGUGGAAAUUUUUGGGUCUCUAUUAA